AUUCUGCACCAAGUACAUCAACGUUUGGUUUGGUGGAUGGAUGCGUUUACGUUCCCUAAGGCGUGACUGCGUCCUGUUUUGCUGGUUUGGGCUGGUUGUGAUGCUGCACAGCUGCAGGGAGAAAUUGCAUGAAGUGUGCGUGCGUGCAUGUGUGUGUGUGUGUGUGUGUGUGUGUGUGUGUGUGUGUGUGUGAUUACGCAUGGUUUUGGAAAGACAGAAAAAGAGGAGUUCCGCACAGGCAGGUGGAAGGAUGCUGGUCAGGAGAUAACCCCAACGAGAUUAAUUCGGGAUAGUUUUUAGUCUUCCCCUGCGCGGAGCAGAGCAGCACAUGGAUUUUAUCUCCAGAGUUACGCAGCGCGUCCUGUCUCCACUCUGACUCGUUGGUCUCCAAAAGAGACAACCUUAGACUUUGGCCCUAAUUCCUCUCCAAAAUGAAUUUCGACCAAAUCCUGGCUGCCAUCGGAGGAUUUGGGAAAUACCAGAAGAUUCUGUACAUAUGGAUCUGUUUACCUCAAAUCCUCCUCGCCUUCCACAUGAUGGCGAGCGUCUUCACCGGAGCCACGCCGCCCCAUCAGUGCCAGGAAGGCUCCAGUUCAGGCGUACGGAAUCAGACUUUCAUCCCAGGAUCAGUCACCGGGAACGCCAGCUUGCUGGACGUCUCCUGCUUCUUCCUGGAGAACCGGACGGAGCGCGUCCCGUGCGUCCAAGGAUGGGUCUACAGCCAGGAGGUGUUCCAGAGCACCACCGUCACCGAGUGGGACCUGGUGUGCACCAAUGCAGGAUUCAACAGUCUUGGAUCAUCCAUCUACAUGUUUGGCUUGUUGGUGGGUUCUGUGGUGUUUGGAGCCAUGGCCGACAGGUACGGUCGACGUUUCGUCCUGCUGCUGUCCAUCGCUCUCCAGACCAUCUUAGGGGUUGCUGUGGCUUUCGCACCCAACUUCCCUGUUUACGUGCUUCUCCGCUUUGCAGUUGGAACCACCAUAUCUGGAGUCAUCAUCAAUGCCUUCGUACUUGGUACUGAGUGGACAUGCACCAAGAGACGGAUGCUGGCUGGCAUCAUCACAGACUACACCUUUGGCCUUGGCUACAUGCUCCUUGCGGGAGUUGCGUAUCUGAUACGAGACUGGAGAAAACUGCAGCUGGCUAUAUCAGCUCCAGGCUUCCUGUUGAUCUUUUAUAUAUGGGUGCUCCCCCAGUCUGCCCGUUGGUUGCUGGCCAACGAUAGGCGAGAGGAGGCCGUUGCACUUCUGAGGAAAGCAGCACUUGUUAACGGACGGGUUUUACCUCCUGCCUUCCAGGUGGAAAAGUGGGAGAUCUCAGGUGGAGCCAAGCGGAAUCACUCGGUGUUGGAUCUGGUACAAACACCACAGAUGAGGAAGAGAUCCGUCAUCUUGUUUUACAUCUGGUUUGUAAAUGUGCUGGUGUAUUAUGGGCUCUCCCUGGGUGUGUCCAGGUUAGGGACAAACCUCUACCUGACUCAGUUUGUGUUUGGGUUGGUUGAGAUCCCAGCUCGUACUAUGGUCCUCCUCGUCCUGCCCCUAAGCCGCCGACUCAGCCAAAGUGGUUUCCUGGCUGUUGGGGGUCUCGCCUGCCUCCUCAUGCUCACAAUCCCUGCAGAUCAUCCCAACGUCCUGACUGGUCUCGCCAUGGUAGGCAAGUUUGGUAUAACGGCUUCUUUUGCAGUCAUCUACGUUUACACUGCUGAGAUAUUCCCAACUGUGGUAAGGCAAACGGGAAUAGGUGUGUCCAGCAUGUUUGCAAGGAUGGGUGGUGUGCUAGCACCUGUUAUCAACAUGCUGCAUAACCACAGCCCGGCUACGCCCCUCAUCCUCUUCGGUGUUUCUCCGCUCCUGGGGGCCAUGCUUGCCCUGGCCCUGCCUGAAACUGCUGACAGACCCUUGCCGGACACAUUGGACGAUGCAGAAAACUGGGAUGAUAGUUUGGCUUCCAUUAAGGGAAACAUUCAGCUGUGUGAAAAAUUUGAUCCAACAGCAAACAGCACGGAGAAGCAGGAGCUGCAACAACUAGCGAACUAGACUCAGCUGUGCGUAAAAGGAUGAACACACUCCAUCAGUCAGCCGUACAGCCUCAACACCCCCCCAACCCAACAGAUCUAUGCAACUACCCAUCAGGGUGUGAUUAUGAGUCCUGUGCAAAGGAAGCCAAACGCACGCCGAAGGAGCACGUGUUCACACUCAAGACGCACAAAGGAAGCAUUCAUGGUUUCUGCCUCGGCCAAUAAAAAAGCUGCUAUUCCAGCAGACGCAGCGUUGCGUUUUACAGUUCUCUGUACCCUCCUUCAGUCUGUAACCUUAACCCAGCUUUGUGAAGUGUUACCAUAUAUGAGAAAUGCAGACAAAACAGCGAGUUUACCUUGAAACUUGGUAGGUACACUUUACCAAUUUAAGAAUAAACCUUGAAUAAGA